AAAACGAAGUGGGGUAAAGAAAAAAUAGAGAGUGGGUUGGAGAUUAAUCCGCUUAGCUGAAGGCAUGGACAUUAUUUUGUUUUAAAAUAUUGUGGCUUGACUGUGGUGAUAGUUAUUCAAAGUAGCCGUUGAUAAAAUUCUCAAGACCUUAUUCUUCAAAGUCAAGUUAAGAAGUUGAGUUGACUUUAAAAUUUGUGUUUGACUGUACAAUAUGACUGUGCUCAAUAUGUGACUUAAAAACGUGUGCAUGUUUCAUGGAAAAAUAAAAAAAUAGACACGUCGUGUUGACUAAAGACAUUCGAAUGUGUUGUGGCUAUGAACGUUUUUAAAGGACCACAAACGGAUGCUAUAAAUAACACAGGGAAAACCCGUGACUAACACUUUAAAAUCAUGGAGAAAGAAGUUUCCAAGGAAAAGGGAAAAUCCCUACGCGGGAGGAUGGCCGGUGUUUUCCGGCGAGUUUCCGCACUCUUUUCAAGAUCGUCCGGUCGGCGAAAAUACCGCGAGGACAGAGACACGAGGGCGGAGAAGAAAGAGCGAAAGAAGAACGGCAAGCUGAGGAAGAAGAAAAAGAGGAACCCGGACGAACUGGAGGAGGAACGGAUGGGCGCGUCGUCCGGGUUAUCGGGUGACACGGACGAUUUGUCCGAUUCGGGAGUGAGCGAAAGCGUCAGCCCGUCACAACACGGGUCGAAACGAAAAAAGGAUAAAAAUAAACUGACCGAGGACGGAGAUAGCCAGUCGAAAGAGGACGCAAGGGUUAAGUCGCUGAAUGAAAAAAAUAUCGGACGCGCGGGAAAAAAUUCACCCGCCACAAGCGGGGCCGGCGAGACGUUACGUCACGGCGAGCGUCUAGCCAACGGCGCGCGCGAAGCCGAUGAACCGGAAAUGAUCAGCGAAGAGCGGAAGCAACAACACUCGGCUCUCGUUCACGCAGACGACACCGACAACGAUAGCGAGGAAGAUGAUUAUUAUGAUGAUGAUGACGAUCAGAUAAACGGAUGUAUCGUUGAUGGUGUUAAAAUCGAAAACAAUGACGACGCUUCGCCCAUAAUGGGGAAAAAGAAUCGGAUCAAGAACAAACGAAAACAGGAGAGCCGGAAUAAGGAAAAAAAUAAAGAUGCGGCGAAAUCAAAGGACGGGCUAUCGAAUUCCGGAUUCACCAACGACGAUGCGGCUUUGGUGAAGGAAGACGUGUCGGAGAGCCAGCAGUCCCCGACGUCUGAGAUUAACGGAUUAUCGUCGUCUGUGGAUUCCUUAACGUCGAAUUCGGGAUCGUCGAUUGAAAACGCUUUGGAAAAUUCUGAAGCUGGAGGAGAGGAUGCAUCAAAGGGGAAAGAGAAGAAAGGUUUGAAACAGCUGCUAAGGAGGAAGAUCAGCGCUAAGCUGCAUCACAUGGACCUGGAGCAGAGUGACCCGGAGUUUGUCGUCACGGUCAUGGCCAUACCCACAGUGCAAACAUUCAGCAGCGUGAAAAAGAAACUCCGGAAAUCCAACCAGGAAUGGAUGCAAGGGUUCCUGGAUCACGAGGGCCUGGAGCGGCUCCUGGAUUGCGUGGAUAACUUCGCCAGCCGCAGGGUGACCGCCCUCUCGGACGCCCUCAUCCUCAUCGAGUGCGUGGAGUGCAUCAAGGCGGUUCUCAACUCCAAGAUUGGCCUGUCCCUGCUGGUCCAGAAACCGGAGUACAUCCGCAGGCUCAUCAAAGCUAUGGACACCAACAAUGCCAUGGUCAAGAAACAGGUGGUCGAACUGCUCUCCGCCCUGUGCAUGUACUCACAAGAUGGCUACCAGUUGGCCAUGGACGCUCUCGACACGUUUAAGAUAAUGAAACAAAUGAGGUACAGAUUCUCAUUAAUUUUAAACGAGCUGAAAUCCUCCGAGUUGACACCCUACAGGACGUCCCUGAUGGCUUUCAUCAACUGUAUCCUGUGUGCAUGUGAGGACCUGCACGAGAGGAACAAGAUCAGAAGCGAGUUUGUAGGUCUUAACCUGUUAGAUGUCAUCCCUGACCUGAGGAACUUCAAUGACAGGGAACUUGACAUCCAAUGUGACGUGUUUGAUGACUUCAAGAAUGAUGACGACGAGGAACUGGCUCUGUGCUUCACUGACAACGUCGACAUCAACAACCAUCAGGAGCUGUUUGAUGUUAUUUUUAGAAAGGUGUACAACACACCUUUAUCAGACAAGUUCCUCACCAUCCUGCAGACUCUGCUACAGAUUGACCCAGACACAAAAGUCAGUGAUAUCCAGUGGGACCUGAUGGAGCAUGCUGCCCAGACAGCCGUUGUCAUAGACACAGAGAAGAUUGACAAGUACGCGGACACGCCCUCUCUAGACAAGCUCCUCCUCAGCCGACUCAAAAACUCGACACAGAAUUCAACCAAUGGCAGCUCGGGGCCAAAGGUCAACUUGACCAGCUCAUCUGUACAGACCGACCUGGACAUGUCCUCGUUGGAAAAAACUUUAAAUGGUGCUCUUAAUCACGUGCUUUCUGGGGAGAGGUCGGCCAGUGAACUUUCUGGUAGCCAACCGCCUCCACCCCCACCUCUACCUUCGUCUCUGAAUGGUGAAUUGACUUUAAAUACCAACAGUGCUUUCAAUACUCAAUUGCCUUCUUCGUCUGUGAUAAAUGGGGCAGCGCCCCCACCUCCACCUCCUCCUCCCCCACUGCCUGGAAUGAGUGGCGCUCCUCCACCACCCCCACCCCCUCCUCCUUUACCUGGAUUCACAUCAGGACCUCCACCCCCACCCCCUCCUCCUCCGCUCCCUGGCUUGAACAUGCCACCCCCUCCACCGCCAUUACCAGGUAUGGGUGGACCGCCUCCUCCACCGCCUCCACCAGGGGCUGGCGGCCCGCCCCCACCACCUGGAAUGAUUGCGAGCAUGACCAGCGCCCCACUGUGGUCACCCCCACCUACAACCUUCAGGCCUAUACCAACACCAAAACCUAAAGCUAAAAUGAAAACCUUCAACUGGUCCAAAAUCCCUGCCCAGAACAUGAGUGCUGAAGACAACAUCUGGAAAGAAGUUCUGGAAAUGGACGACAAGGUGGAGGUGCACUACGACAAGAUAGAGCAACUCUUCUGCCAGAACACUGUGGAGCCUAAAGUGGAGGAACCAACCAAAGCCAAAACACCAACAGAGGUGAACCUACUGGACAUGAAGCGCAGCAUGAAUGCCAACAUUUUCCUCAAGCAGUUUAAAAUGUCACAUGAGGAAAUUGUUCAGAUGAUUAAAGAUGGCGACUCCUCAAAGAUUGGAUCUGAAAGAUUAAGAGGGUUACAGAAAAUCCUACCUGACAAGGAUGAGGUUAUGAUGAUUCAAAGCUAUGAUGGGGAUAUCAGCAAAUUGGGAAAUGCUGAAAAGUUUUUCUUACAACUUUCAAAGUUGUCCGGCUACAAAAUUAGGGUAGAAGGGAUGUUACUCAAGGAUGAUUUCCGUGUAGCCAUGGAUGCCCUGAUGCCCAAUGUAGAGGUGAUGAUAUCAACAUGCAACAAGAUCAUGGACAACACCAGUCUCAAGGGAUUUCUCAGAUAUGUUCUUCAUGCUGGAAACUUUAUCAAUGCUGGAGGCUAUGCAGGCAACGCCCUGGGCUUUAAGAUAGCCUCACUGAACAAGCUGAUGGACACACGAGCCAACAAGCCAAGGGUCACACUGCUGCACUACCUGGUGGAGGAGGCGGCCAAAGAGCAGGGCGAGAUCCUCAAAUUUGCUGAUGAGUUGUUGCCCACAUUAACUGAAUCCAGCAGAUUAACAGUAGAUAACUUGAACUCAGAGACCAAACAGCUAGAGGGUCAUCUCAAACAGCUCAAGGACCAGAUCUCCAAAAGUGACAAUGAUAUACAAGAAUACUUUGCAGGGUUUUUAAAAGAAGCAGAAAAUGAAGUAAACACAGUCCAAAGCAAGCUAAACAAUAUCAAAGAGCUAACAGCCAAGCUGGCAAAUCACUUCUGUGAGCCUGACAAAGGAUUUAAGCUUGAGGAGUGCUUGAACAGUUUCAACACAUUUUGCCAAAAAGUUAAACAGUGUCAGAAAGAUAAUGAGCAACGUAAAAUUCAAGAAGAAAGAGCUGAAAAAAGAAGACAAGAAAAUGAAGCAAUGAAAGCUAAUAGAGCCUCUGCAGCCUCCCCCUCAAGCAAGGCACCACCAACCCAAAACUUAGGCCUCAGAAGAUUCAGCAGCAAAGAGCCAAAAAGUCCAACAGAGGAUGAUGGGAACAUCAUAGACAAUCUCCUGAAGGACAUCAGGAAAGGCUUCAAGCUCAGGAAGACCACGUCCAUCAAGAGAACUGACAGCCAGAAGCCAACACUCAAGCCAGUUCCAGACUCUGCUUUACCCGACACAGCAGUGGUCAACGGUGAGGUCAAGGUUGUGGAGAAGGAGGUUGUGGAUGGCAAUGCCAACAUGACUCUGGCCCCGGUGGUUAAUGGGGUAGACAAUGACACAACCUGCUGAGGCCAGUGGGUGCAGUCUUGUGUAUGGCAGCUUAUAUUUAUUAUACUUAUGAUGAUCAUAAAUUAAAUAAAAAGGUGGUCUGGAAAAGUAAAUUGAAUUUGUAAAAAAAAAAAAAAAAAAAAAAAAUUCUGUGCACCAGAGUGACAAAUUAAAAGAAAUCAAAGUAAUAGUAAUUCUUAAAAUGUUAAGUUUUUUUUUAACUUUGCAGAUGUAAGAUUUAUCUGUGUCUUGACAGGGUUUUGAAAGCUAGUGCUAGCUAUUUUAGUUUUCUAUAUUACAAGUUACUCAUCAUAACUAGGUUGGGUCAGGGCCAUCCAACAGAUUCAGGUCAGAAAAUUCUGAACUCAUGUCUUUCAAGUAAACACUAGUUGAACUUGAUUACAGUCCCUUUUAAAUGUGAAAAACAAAUUGUUAUUUUAUAACAUUGAAUUAUAAUUUUA